AUGAGCCGUCCAACUCUCAUUGAUAUUCCCCCUCCUUCUGACCCUGUCACGCCGUCAGAUAUGGGACCAGGAACCCCCAAUUCGGGCACUACGUCCUUGUCCGCUCUGUCGACUACAGCCAUUAAAGAUGGACAUCAUGGUCAGCCUUAUCCUCACAGCCGUCAUGCGCAUCACUCCUCCUCAGCUUCUAUGGCAUCCACCACGACUCUCGAGGCAGAGCGGGCCGACCGCAUCUCCCGUCUAGCGGGAUUGGAGCGUGUCGCCACGGGUCGCGCUGGUAGCCAACUGUUGGGAACGCCUUCGGGUAACGCCGUUCAAGCUGCGCACGCCUCCGGGUACUUCGAUGGGCAGCAAAGUAUCAAGGAAAGGAGCACGGUUGGCAGCGCUAGCGCGACGGGCAGCAUUGGUGGUCGCACCACUUGGGCCAGUGGUAGUGACGGGUUAGAUCUCGAUAAGAUGAGCGAGGAUCCCGACGACGAGGUUUCGAGCGUGAGCAAUGUCAGUGACGAGGGCGAUGCCAGCUUGGUUGGCUUUGGAGAAGGCGCUAGCAGCACAGUCAGUGGACCGACUUCGCAUCCUGGGCUCCUCAGUAGGAUGUCCUCUGGAUCGCAUCCCAGCUCAGGAAGCCCCAUGCUCAACCGUACGAACGCCGCGAUCCCGUCCUACAUGCAGCGUACCAGCGAAAGCCCGAUGUUUCCCGCUUCGCCGUCUCCUGGCGGAUCUACUAAUAUACCGGAGACAUUGCAGGAUGCCCGCAUGGUAGACGGGAUGACAUACGACCCAAACGUUGUGGAUACGACUGUGAGAACACCGCGACUUGUGUCGGAAGAGGGUCGAAGUGGUAUCCCAGGACAAUUGGGUGCGUCAUCAUGGAGAGUCACUCAUGCGCGUAAUAACUAG